GGAUUUGUAGGCUGUGGGAGAGCGGAUAUGCUGCCGGGUCUGUAGUCCUGAGCUCAGCCUCGUCCUGUUGAGUGCGGCGUGGGUUCUGUGGAGGCGCUUUGUGUUGUUGUGCUGCUUCAGCAGGCUGUAUAUUCAGCAGAGCCCGUGUGUGUGUGCAGGACUGCAGGAGAGCACAGACAGCCCGGCAGCGCUGAAACUUACUUCUUCUGUGUGAUUGUGUGCGUGCGCGCGCCUGUGUGUGGAUGUGUGUGUAUAAAUGAGCGCGCGUGCUCGCCGAUGUGAGCGCGCCUUGGGGGAGUUUCGGAGUGCAGCAGCAGCGCCAGCAGUAGCAGAAGCGGUGCUAGAAGAAGAUUUGGAGUCAAAAUCUCAGCUUUUUAGAAUUUUCUGGAUAUGAGAGUGGGAAAGCCCCAGGAUUGAGGAGGAGAGGACGGGAGGAACAUGAUUCCAGAGCCGCUUUGAAGCCGUGUGGGGAGGGAAAAGCCGAAUGACAGCCAGGACUGGGACUAGGACUGCUCAGCCAUGACAUACCACCAACAAAGGUCUGCACAGUGGCUGAUGUGGUCCAGAGUGGUCCGUGGAUUCUCUCAACAGUAGACCACAGCGUUCAGGGCCCCUGCACUGGUUGUUCAUGGAGGUCCGCUGGGUCCUGCUGCAGCUCGGGAUCAGCCUGCUCCUCCUGAGUGCAGUUGCGCAGUCUGUGGAGAUCCAAGGCUUAUACACCGAUUCCUGGGCCGUUCACAUCCGCGGGGGGGAGGAGGAGGCCCAGCGCAUCGCUCACAAACACAGCUUCAUCUACCACGGCAAUGUGUUUGGGGACUAUUAUCACUUCCAACACAGGAGUGUGGUGAAGAGGUCUCUGUCCGGCCAUCGUGGAGUUCACGUCCGUUUGCAGAGCGAGCCACAGGUGGUCUGGGCAGAACAGCAGGUUGCCAAGCGGAGGAGGAAGAGAGAUAUUUACAGCGAGCCCACGGAUCCAAAGUUCCCCCAGCAGUGGUACCUGUACAACCCCAACCGACGGGACCUGCAUGUGAAAGAGGCCUGGGCGCAGGGCUUCACAGGGAGGGGCGUGGUCAUCACCAUCCUCGACGACGGGAUUGAGAAGGAUCACCCUGAUCUGGCCCAGAAUUAUGAUCCAGACGCGAGUUAUGAUGUGAAUGACCGAGAUCCUGAUCCUCAGCCCAGAUAUACACAGCUGAACGAUAACAGACAUGGGACUCGCUGUGCUGGAGAGGUGGCGGCUGCGGCUAACAAUGGUGUCUGUGGGGUGGGAGUGGCAUACAAUGCUCGGAUUGGAGGUGUGCGAAUGCUGGAUGGCGAGGUGACUGAUGUGGUGGAGGCUCAGUCUUUAAGUCUCAACUUACAGCACAUUCACAUCUACAGCGCCAGCUGGGGCCCAGAGGAUGACGGGAAGACGGUGGACGGCCCUGCCAAGCUUGCCAAGGAGGCUUUUCUGCAAGGGGUCACAGAGGGCCGAGGUGGUCUUGGAUCAAUCUUUGUGUGGGCGUCUGGUAAUGGAGGCCGGGAGAAGGACAGCUGUAACUGUGAUGGAUACACCAACAGCAUUUACACUCUCUCCAUUAGCAGCACCACUCAGUACGGAAACGUGCCCUGGUACAGCGAGGCCUGCUCUUCUACACUCGCUACAACCUACAGCAGCGGCAAUCUCAACGAGAAGCAGAUCGUGACAACGGAUCUGAGGAAGAAAUGUACAGACUCGCACACUGGCACAUCCGCUUCAGCCCCUCUCGCUGCUGGCAUCAUCGCUCUUGCUCUGGAAGCCAAUAUGAAUCUGACCUGGAGGGAUAUGCAGCACCUGGUGGUUAGAACCUCUCACCCUGCCCAUCUCAUCACAAGCGACUGGAGGACCAAUGGCGUGGGACGCUUAGUGAGCCACUCCUAUGGCUAUGGUCUGCUGGAUGCGAGUGCGAUGGUGGCACUGGCCCGGAACUGGAGCAGCGUGGGGCCUCAGCACAAAUGUGUUACCGACAUGCUGACGGAGCCCAGGGAUGUGAGGAAUCACCUGAUGUUCAGUAAGAGUGUGGAGGCGUGUUCGGGACAGCCUGACUUUGUGAGUUCUCUGGAGCAUGUGCAGGCCAGGCUCACUCUGUCCUACAGCCACAGAGGAAACUUGGCCAUCCACCUGAUCAGCCCACUGGGCACCCGCUCCACCCUCCUCCACCCCAGGCCACAGGACAACUCCGCCGAGGGUUUCAAUGACUGGGCCUUCAUGACCACGCACGCAUGGGAUGAAGACCCUCGAGGAGAGUGGACCUUGGAAAUAGAGAAUGUGGCUGGGCUCAGUGAUUAUGGUGUUCUUUCUCAGUUCACACUCAUCCUAUAUGGAACAGGCUCGAGCGCCACAGACCUCUCUGCCUCUGACUUCAGCAAGCCUUCCAACAACAGCUGCAAAACCUUUGAUGCCCAACAGAUCUGCAUUGAGUGCAGCACCGGGUCCUCACUCUUCCUGCAGGGCUGUGUGAAGACUUGUCCUCCGGGCUUCACAUCAGGUCUGCAGCUGCUCAACCUGUCGCUGGAGAACUGGGUGGAACAGUCGUCCGUUCAGGCCUGCCUGCCCUGCCACCCGGCCUGCCUCACCUGCUCCGGCCCAGGGGAGACUGAGUGUCUGUCCUGCCCCUCUCACAGCCACCUGGUGGCUACAUCCUGCCUGCGCCAGAACCAGGUGCAGCGCAAGUCUCCCUCUGGACCCGCACUUAAUGACCAGAGAGGGGGCGGAUUGGACCAGGACCCCGGUCCAGAUUUGGACUCAGACGGACCAUCGCCCCAGACGGGGCUGUCGUCGCAUUUGCCCGUGCUGGUGGCAGUGCUCAGCUGUGCCUUCAUUCUGGCCACAUUUGCGGCCGUUUUUGUGCUGCUGCAGCUGCACUCCGGCGCGGCCAGCGCCCCCUUCUGUCGGAGGACCAAAUUGCCCGUGACGGACUCCAGCGGGCGAGGCAUGCGAGUGGCCUUUAGUUUUGGCCUGAGCCGCGACUGGAUGAACAGCAGGGUGUCUUACCGUGGGAUCCCCACCGUGUGGGGGGAUGAGGAGACUGCGGGCGGAGUCAAUUCAGAAUCAGACAGUGAGGAAAUGGACUGCAACAGCGAGAAGACUGCUUUUAUAAGGACACAAAGCGCUCUCUAGCCACCCGACCCUAUUAGACACCCUGCCUUUCACACCUCUUUCUCGUCUUCCUCUUGCAGAGCGGGCGAGUGAGUGAGGCUGGUGUAGCCAGUGCUUCUCUCUUUGCUCUGCUCUGUUGUGCCCUAGGUCCUACUGUGUCCUGGAAGGACUGCUCUGAAGAAGCAGAGAUGUACAGGCAGGCAGGCAGGCUUGCGUAUGUGUGUGUCUGUGUGCCUAUUCAUGAGCCGUGGAGUGAGACAUUCAGGUGAGGCAGCUGUUCAGCUGAGACACAGAUGUUUGACUUGAAUCUCUGAUGAAUCCCAGCAGGACAGGCUGACAGCACAGCGCUGAAAACUUCCCUUUAUUUUCACUUUAAAUUUUCUUAGUGGUUUGAGUCAUGAGAUUUAGGCGGCUAAAAAAGGGUCAGUGUGUGUGCGUGUAUGAAUGCUAAUGUUUUCUUCAGAGCUGAAAAGGGCUGAAUUUACUCCGGUCCGCCUUUUAUUACUGGGUUUACUAGACUGGAUUUAUGCACAACAUAUAGUAGUGAGGAGAGUAAUCUGCAGCGAGUCCGCACCAUUAUUACCUAAAACUGUUCACCAGUCUCAAAAUCUGUUUCACACUCUGUCUGUGCUGGUCUAUAAGCUUUCAUUAUUACUACGUUAUGUCCACACGAAUCUGAAUAUUUUUGUCUGUUUUGGCCUCCCAUCCACAUGAAAUUAUUUUUUUUGGUCACUAAAAGCAGAGUGUUUCAAAAACACUUUCUGAAACACUGUUUUCAGAGUCAUGUGGACGGGAAAAUAAAAAAACGCAUGCGUGCUUCUGGUUGAAUCUCAAAAACCUGCUUAAUCCAUAUAUAAAGUGAACUUAAUGUUAGUCACUUACAAAUUUUAACAUACAAGUACAAUAUAUAUUUAAUGAGAAUUAGAUUAGAAUUAGAAUCUAUAAUUUCAUGAUUUGUAUAGUACACUACAUGGGGAGUAGUGGUAGGAAUGGAAGGUAUUGAAAAAUAUUCAGAUACGUGUGAACAGGGCCUGAAGAGGCAUUUCAUUAUUUUAAGAAGGUAGCCUUGAUCAAUAUCAAAAACAGUGGAGGUAGUGGAGAAAGCCAUCUGAGAAUAAUAGACUCAACAACAAUCUGCAGAAGGCCUUAAGUAUGAAGAUCCAAAUGUUUGUAAUACUUCACGAUGAAUAAUAUCAUCUGUUUGAUUUCAUGCUGAGAGCAGUUAGCUUCCUGUCCACACUAAAGCACUGGAUUUUGAGCAUUCGUGUGAGUGAUUGUCCAAUCAUAAUGUAGCUGGCUGAAAUCCGGCUGUAAUUUGGUUUACAGUUUGAACAGGCGAAUGUGUGUAGGAGCUGAAGUAGUUUCACACUAGCUAUAAUCUGCACUAACCAAUUAUUAUUGGUUAUAAGAAGCUCUAGAAGACCCAAUAAAUAUCAGAAGCACUAAGUUGCUCAUGCAAGGAGAAGCAGUAUAGAUAACUGAAUAUAAAUGCGGUCAUAAAAGAUUCCUUUUAGACUCAGUCACUGAGAGGUCUAGCUUUAUCUAAUUGAACAUACAGUUGAGGACGAUAUUAUUAGCCCCCUUACAAAAUAGUCCUUGUUUUCUAAGGAUUUUCCAAGUGAUAUUAACCAGAGCAAAAUAAACUAAACACAGCUUUUUUAGACAUCGUAGUUUUAUUUUGGAUGCUUACACUAUAUUGUAUUCCACUCAGAAAUGAAGAUAUUACACAAAACACAACAACUAUCAGGGUCAAAAUUAUUAGCCCCCCACAUCCUAAUAGUUAAUUGUGUAUCCUUUUUGCUGGAUUACUGCCUGCAGACGUUUGUUGUAGUUUACAACAAGUCUCUCACACUUCAUUUGAGGAAUCCUGGCCCAUUCUUCUUUGGCAAAUCUCUCAAGUUCCUGUAGAUUCGAUGGUUGUCUUGCAUGGACAUUUUUCUUUAGGUCACCCCACAGAUUUUCUAUUGGAUUUAAGUCAGGGCUUUGUGCAGGCCAUUCAAUGACAUUCACUUUGGUCAUCUGGAGAUCGUUCUUCACCAGGAGGGAUGUGUGUUUAGGAUCAUUGUCAUGUUGGAAAAUGAAGUGACGUCUCAGACCCAGUUUCACAGCUGACUGCUUAAGGUUCUCUUUCAAAAUAGUCACAUAUUUUUCUUUAUUCAUGAUUCCAUCCACCUUCCAGUUCCAGAUGCACUGAAGCAUCCCCAUAGCAUAAUACUCCCACCACCAUGCUUCACUGUGGGGAUGGUGUUCUUUGGGUUGAAUGCCUGUCCUUUUUUUCUCCAAACAUAAGCAGUGUCCCUGUGGCCAAAGCUCUAGUUUAGUCUCAUCAGACCAUAAGACACGCUUCCAGUCUGAAUAUUUUUUCUCCAGGUUGUCCCGAGCAUACUUAAGUCUUGCUUGAAGGUGCCUCUUCCUCAAAAGUGGAGUUUUUCUUGGUCUGCACGCUCGCAGGUCAUUCCUGUGCAGAGCUCUAGUGAUGGUCUUCUUAGAGACUAUGAUUCCUGAUGUGGCCAAGUCAUUUGCCAGUGCCUUGGAAGUUAAUCUGGGGUCUCUAGACACAUUUCUCACUAGUAUUCUUUCCAGUCUCUCUGAAAUCUUUCUCUUUCUACCUCUGCCAGGCUUGUUCUGCACUGUGUUGCUGUCUUUGAAUCUCUGAAUGAUGCCUCUCACUCCAGUUCUUGACACUUGGAAACGCUUGGAUAUCUUUGUAUAUCCCUCUCCUGCUUUGUGUGCAUCAAUAAUUCUUUUUCUCAGGUCCAAACUGAUUUCCUUUGUUUUUGGCAUGUUGCUUCCUCAACUGCCAGCUCCAUAAUGAGGCUUUUAUACCAUGUUUUAACUUAAAUGAGUUAAUUAACUUAACUUAAUUGAGUGCAGUCAUCUGUUUCACCUGAUCACCUUUAUGCACAUCACCUGAGAAGGUAAAGCACAUCACUGCACAAAAGUGGCUUGUGUGAUGACUUAAUAAAUGUUAAUUUCUUAAAGGGGGCUAAUAAUAAUGUCCCUGGUCAUUUUAGCUUAUUCUUACAUAAUAAUAUUUUGGUGCACAAAUAUAAAUAUUUUGGUCCUUCUAAUGAAAAAUUGUAUGUUCAGAAAUGCUCUGUUAGAACUGCCUUGCUCUGCUAAAAAGGAUCUUGCCAGAAUCUUGAGGAGACUUAAAAUUUCAUAAGGGGCUAAUAAUAUCGUCCUCAACUGUAUCUGUUCUACUGUAGAUUGAAUUAAAUUAACAAGUCAUGAACCACAAAUCAUUCAUAUUCAUGACUUCGCUCUCAGUUCCAAGCAAGGGACGUAUGAUGGAAAAGAAAACAAACCUGCUGGGAGCUUAAAAAAAACUGUUCUCUUUUUUUUUCUUCCUUUUUUUUGAUAAAGUAAUUUUCUUUGCCCCAAAGGAAGCAUUAUUGAUUUUUAGGUUUGAUGCACUAAAGCCCGUCAGAACCUGUGUGGGAAGAAGCUCAAUACUCUGUAUGGCAUUUGUUUUGCAGAAGGUCAGUGUUAGGACUCGUGACACAGCGCCUCUGUUGGGGUUUCACACUUUGGGUUUUGUCCUGGUGUAGCUGCAGUCAAACCCCUAAAAGUAAACUAUAGAAGAUAAAAAUACACAUCUUGCAAUGGCAAUCACAACCAUAUAUAUAUAUAUCAUCAAUCAGCCCUCUGUUCCAGAAACAAGAGGUAUGAAGAGUAAUGAUUUUCACAGAAUUGUCUUUUGAUGGUGUUUUCUAGCAUUUAUCCUUUUUAACAGACGUCCACUAUGGUCAUUAAAUUAAUUGCGAAAGUCGAA